AUGAAUAUAAAAGAAAUUGGCAUGCUUUUAAGGGACAAAGUUCUUGUAAAGUGUAGGAUUAACAAAUUUAAGAUCUCUUUCUAUUUAUGCCAUUUUAAAAAAAAAGGAGCUAAAUCGUCUAAAUUAUUAAAAUUACAAAGAAAGCGAAAAAUAAGUUAA